AUGCUGUCUGCCAAUCAACUUGUGAGACGGUUUGGUACCAGCACUGUGGCCAACUCUCGCUUGAAAUUAGCCAUUAUCGGUCAAAGUUUGUUCGGUAUGGAAGUGUACAAGGUUUUGAGGCAGAAUGGCCAUGAAGUAGUUGGUGUAUUUACUGUGCCAGAUAUUGCUGGAAAACCCGAUCCAUUAGCUGCUCAAGCCCAACAAGAUGGUGUUCGUGUAUUUAAAUAUCCACGAUGGCGAAAAAAGGGCCAAGCAAUACCUGAAGUCUUGAAUGAAUAUAAAGAAGUUGGAGCCGAUUUAAAUGUUAUGCCCUUUUGUAGCCAAUUUAUCCCCAUGGAUGUCAUCAAUCAUCCCAAGCAUGGCUCGAUAGUUUAUCAUCCCUCCAUUUUGCCAAGACAUCGCGGUGCAUCAGCUAUCAAUUGGACAAUCAUGGAAGGUGAUCCGAAAGCUGGAUUUACAAUCUUUUGGGCUGAUGAUGGCCUCGAUACAGGCCCAAUUCUUCUACAACGGUCAACUGAAUUGUACCCUAAUGACACUGUAGAUACCAUUUACAAUCGUUUCCUAUAUCCUCAAGGUAUUAAUGCUAUGGCAACUGCGGUAGAUUUGGUAGCUACUGGCGAUGCACCCAGAGUAACUCAGUCAGAAGAAGGAGCAACAUACGACAAAAUGUGGAAAGACAAAAGCGUUGCAAAGAUCAAUUGGGAUCAACCUGCUCAAGUACUUCAUAAUUUCAUUCGCGGAAACGAUAAGCUACCGGGUGCUUGGGGAACGAUUGAGGGCCAGCAAGUAACUUUCUACGGCUCAACAAUACCGAUGAUCAGUAACAAACCAGAAGGAACAGAAAUCAAAAUUGAAGGAUUAAGUAAACCAGCUAUUGUACACGCAAGAGGUUUAACAAUCUAUGGCAGCGAUGAUCAACCAGUUUUAGUCAAGUCUCUACAAUUUGAAGAUGGUAAAAUGAUUGCCGCUAGCAACUACGGUCAAGUUGAAGAAAGCGACGAGUCUCUCGAAUUGACUGAUGAAGAAAAAGGAAUAAUUGCUAAUAUCAGAACUAUUUGGGCAGGUAUCCUUGCACAUGAUAAUAUUGAAGAUGAAACCGACUUUUUCAAAGGCGGCGGCGGUUCAAUGGAUGUCGCCAGACUUGUCGAGGAAGUAAAGCAAAAAUGUGGAGUAGCUUUGACUCCUGAAGAAGUCUAUAUGAGCACACAGUAUAAAGACUUUGGAACUAUGGUUAUCAAAAAAUUCCGUGGUGGUGACGAACUGGAAUUCGAUUUUGAAUCUGUCGAUCUACAUGUCAAUGAUAUGGAUGUUAAAAUCCCACAUCAAUUAUUCAUUAACAACCAGUUUGUUGACUCUAUCUCUGGCAAAUUUUUUAAAACAAUAAAUCCAACGGAUGAAUCGGUAAUAUGCAAAGUUUCAUAUGCUACUGAAGAGGACGUAAAUGUCGCCGUUCAAGCUGCAAAGGAAGCCUUUGAAGGUGAUUGGGGUAAAAUGAAUGCUCGCGAUCGUGGCAAGCUGAUGUACAGAUUGGCUGAUCUGAUGGAAGAACAUUUAGAAGAAUUAGCUACAAUAGAAACUUUGGACUCUGGAGCAGUAUAUACCCUAGCUCUAAAGACUCAUAUUGGCAUGUCAAUUGACACAUUCAGAUAUUUUGCCGGUUAUUGUGAUAAAAUUCAUGGAAAAACUAUUCCAAUCAACAAUGCCAGGCCAAGUCAUAACCUUUGCCUUACCAGACGUGAACCAUUAGGUGUUUGUGGAAUUGUAAUUCCAUGGAAUUAUCCCUUGAUGAUGUUAGCUUGGAAAAUGUCGUCUUGCCUAGCAGCCGGUAAUACUUGCGUGUUAAAGCCUGCUGAGGUUACACCUCUUUCAGCUCUUAAAUUUGCUGAACUAACCGUCAAAGCUGGAUUCCCUAAGGGAGUUAUUAACAUUUUGCCUGGUAGCGGGCGUGUCUGCGGUCAAGCAAUUUGUGACCAUCCCGAUAUUCGUAAAGUCGGCUUUACAGGAUCAACACCAAUUGGAAGAACCGUCAUGAAAAGUGCUGCUGAAAGUAACUUGAAAAAGGUAUCUUUGGAACUUGGAGGAAAAUCUCCUCUCAUAAUUUUCCAGGAUUGCGAUAUGGAUAAAGCCGUUCGACAGGGUAUGUUGUCUAGUCUUUUCAACAAAGGAGAAAACUGUAUUGCAGCCGGACGCAUUUUUGUUGAAGAAUCAAUUCAUGACGAAUAUGUUGCACGUUUGGUAGAGGAAGUUAAAAAGUUGAAAAUUGGUGAUCCAUUCGAUCGAUCAACAGCACACGGUCCUCAAAAUCACGAAAAGCAUAUGGUAAAACUGUUAGAGUACGUUGAUCAAGCUGUUGCAGAAGGUGCCACGUUGGUCUAUGGAGGGAAACGCCUUGAUAGAUCUGGUUUCUUCAUGGAACCAGCUGUCCUUACAAAUGUAGCCGAUGACAACUAUGCCGCGAUAGAAGAAUCUUUUGGCCCUGUUCUUGUCAUUUCAAGCUUCAAAGAUGGAGAUGUAGACGGUGUGCUAAAGCGCGCUAACAAGACUGAAUAUGGUUUGGCUUCUGGCGUCUUCACUAAAGAUAUCAACAAGGCGUUGCUUUGCAGCGAAAAACUAGAUGCUGGAACAGUUUUUGUGAAUACAUAUAACAAAACCGAUGUUGCCUCUCCAUUUGGCGGAUUCAAGCAGUCAGGAUUUGGAAAAGAUUUAGGUGAAGAAGCACUUAAUGAAUAUUUAAAGACCAAGACAGUAACAAUCGAGUACGACUAA